CCCAGCGUCGUCCGGGUUUGGCCGUGGUAGACCGUCAUUGUAAAUAAUAAUUUGUUCUUACCUGACUUGCCUAGUUAAAUAAAGGUAAAUAUUUUUUUUAAACUGCACAGCCAGGGGCUCUCCUAGCAUAGAUCAGUAUAGGCAACUCCCUUCGCUUUGUUUGCCUCAUUCCUUAUUAUACCACGCCCUCAAUUUGACUGCAGCCUCGAUGAGUGGAUUUCAGGUUAUUUGCUGGAUUUGCAGCAGUAUUUGCAGGGAGUAUGGAGCUGUGUCAGAUCGUCGUCACAAAUUUCGUUCAUCGUUAUUUAUCUUGUCGCGAACGGAGAUAAUUGCAACGACCGACUGAUUAAGACGACAGACCGCAUACCAAUGGCUAUCUUUCCCCAAGCUGUGGUUUUCAAUAUUGCUAUGCAUUCAACUCUCUGAAAAAGAUAGACAAGGCCCUAUCUAUUGCCUCUUUGCCAACCGCAACAAUGUAUCAGGUUAUAAGAGGAUUUAUACUAACGGACUCCCGAUGCUGGGAUCCCGACAGUCAAAGGUCAUACCAGGACCUGUUCGAUAAACUGGACACCAACAAGGAUGGGAAGGUGGAUGUGGCCGAAUUGAGAGCAGGUCUAACCGCAAUGGGCAUAUCAUUCCGCAAAGGUGCAGCGCAGAAAAUAGUAUCGUCCGGUGACAAAAACAAAGAUGGAGGGCUUGACUUCAACGAGUUCAACAAAUAUCUGAAAGAGCAUGAAAAGAAACUGCGCCUGACGUUCAAGAGCUUGGACAAAAACAACGACGGGCGCAUCGAUGCCUCUGAGAUUAAGCAGUCCCUUGAAGAGCUGGGCAUGGACAUCACCCAGGAAGAGGCCCAGACCAUCCUACAAAGCAUGGACAUCGAUGGUACCAUGAUGGUGGACUGGAACGAGUGGAGGGAUCACUUCCUGUUCAACCCUGCCCAUAACUUGAACGAGAUCGUACGCUACUGGAAACACUCCACGGUGCUGGACAUAGGAGAGAGCAUUGCCAUCCCUGAUGAGUUCACCGAGGAGGAGAAGACCUCGGGAGGCUGGUGGAAACAGCUGGCUGCCGGGGCGAUGGCCGGGGCGGUCUCUCGCACAGGCACCGCCCCCCUGGACAGGGUGAAGGUCUUCAUGCAGGUCCACUCCUCCAAGUCCAACCGGAUCACCCUGUUGGGAGGAUUCAAACAGAUGAUUAAGGAAGGGGGCGUGGCCUCACUAUGGCGAGGGAACGGGAUCAACGUGUUAAAGAUCGCCCCUGAGACCGCUAUCAAAUUCAUGGCCUACGAACAGUAUAAGAAGCUGCUGACACCAGAGGGAGAGAAGGUCCAGACCUACCAGAGGUUCAUGGCUGGCUCUCUGGCAGGCGCCACGGCCCAGUCGUCCAUCUACCCCAUGGAGGUCAUGAAGACCAGACUGACUCUGGGGAAAACUGGCCAGUAUAAUGGAAUGUUUGACUGUGCCAAGAAGAUUCUGAGGAAAGAGGGCAUCAAAGCCUUCUAUAAAGGCUACACUCCCAACAUGAUAGGCAUCAUUCCCUAUGCUGGCAUCGACCUAGCUGUUUACGAGAGCCUGAAGAAUGCCUGGUUGUCCCGCUAUGCCAAAGACACGGCCAACCCUGGCAUCCUGGUGCUGUUAGGAUGUGGCACCAUCUCCAGCACGUGUGGCCAGCUGGCCAGCUACCCCCUCGCCCUGCUCCGCACACGCAUGCAGGCGCAGGCAACUCUGGAUGCGUCAGACAAGUCCACCAUGAGUGGGCUAGUGAAGGGGAUCCUGGCUAACGAGGGGUUCUUUGGACUCUACCGGGGUAUCCUGCCCAACUUCAUGAAAGUCAUUCCUGCUGUGAGCAUCAGCUAUGUGGUCUACGAAUACAUGAAGACCGGCCUGGGGAUCUCAAAAUGAGGAAUGAUCCAUCUCCCAAUGAUGCAGGGAUCGUGAAAUAGGUUGUUAGAUCGUUAGAUCUUUUAGACAGUCAACCAGAUUUGUGUUGCACAUAGACUUCUAUGUUCUCGCGUAGCCAAACAUCGAGAUCACGUUCGCUCUGCGAGGAGAAGCUAAGGCUAGUUCAAACUAAGGCUCGUUCAAACUAAGGCUAGUUCAAACUAAGGCUAGUUCAAACUAAGGCUAGUUCAAACUGGGCCAUAUCAGUAAACUCCAAAAAUGACAUUCACCCCUUUAACGCACAGCGAUGUGAGACAUAUCCAACACAAAAGAUGGUGCAAUAUAACUGAGAAGAACUGCAUUAUGGGUCUUACACUGUAUAAGGGGAAAGGAGAAGGUAUUCAGGUGAACACUGUUGAGAGCUUUGUCUAAAGUAUUUUCUGUUCUUCUUUAAAAUGAAGUACUCCAUGUGCACGUAAGCGAUUAUAUUAUUAUUUAAGUGUGCCUUACCCUCAGUUAAAUAUCAUAAUUGUAUCUUUUAUUUGGUUGGUUUUUAUUGAUGUUUUUACACUUUCAGUGUAAUUUACAACAGCCUCAAUGCUAUGUUUUUCAUGUGUUUUUCCCCCAUAUGGAUUUCCAUUGUUGUUCUUGACUGUUAAGCUGUAUCCCUAGCAAAAUAUUUAGACUUACAAACUUGCAUGCAAAUAUUGCCUGUCAAUCAUGAAUGGAGCUGAGGGAAAGUCUUAAAAACGGAAAUUCAAUCUGCUAAUACUGGAAUUCAGAAUAAUCCCACCCGUGUCACACACACACACACACACACACACACACACACACACACACACACACACACACACACACACACACAC